AUGGUGCAUGGCUAUUUCGAUCUCGGACGCACGGACACAGCAUCACUAAGAACAAAAAAGGCCUUACUGACACGAUACUGCAAUAAUUUGUCUCGGGUAAUCGAGAGAAUCGAUUCUGCUCACACCGCCGCGCAAGCUAGUAGCGAUGACGCAACAUCUCCUCCACGCAUCAAAGCAUCGCUGUUUGAACUCGACGCCACGGCAAAGCUAGCGGCAGAUGCCUUGAAUGCUUUCACGGCAGCGCUGGACGAGAUCGAUGAACUACCCGAAGAACAAGACAAGCAGGCGAACGACUACAUUGACUCAUCGCUUUCGUUGAUUGAGCGCGCUCGUCUGAUGGCGAUUGAACUCGACGCAAAAAACAUUGGGGACCGGGAGGAAAAUGACGAGAGAGGAUGGACAGAGAUGAUGAGACCAAAACUUCCGCCAAUACCCAUACCCAUAUUUACGGGAAAGCUUCAGGAAUACACCAACUUUUGGACACUUUUCGAAUCCAACGUCGACAGACAACCACUCACCAAUCUACAGAAGUUUAACUAUUUAUUAACCGCUUUGCGAGGGGAACCCCGAGAACUGAUUAAACGAUAUCCAAUAACCGAAGCCAACUAUACGCACGCCAUUCAACUUUUGAGGGACAAGUAUGGGGACGAAUCUAAGCUCAUCGCGGACUUACAAUCGCGCCUUGAAAUGACGAAGGCAGACAACAAAUCUAUCUACGCUCAACGUCGCCUUCUCGAACAAAUUCUUCCCAUAGUAACUCAGUUGGAAGAGUUGGGAAUAACACUGAAUGGCUCGUAUCCUACAAAGAAGCUUCUCUCCAAGUUUUCUUACACAUUGCAGCGUCAAGUUCUGGAACGCUGCCUCUUGCAAAAUAAGAAAGAAACCGAUUGGAUUAUGCGGGAUGUGCUCUCUGAGCUGGACGAUCUGAUAACCACACAAGAACAGAUCAGUGAAAUGAUCGAUAGCAUUCCCAACAAGUGUGAUGAUCGCAGCAGAGAUUCUCAUAACAACAACAGAUCGAAGAAAUUCCUCAUGAAGAAUGCGACAACAAAGCCUGACCCGAAUGCAUGUAUGUUUUGCGGAUCAACGCAACACAAAUCAGCUGAUUGCACAAGGAUUCCAAGCAUCCACCAGCGACGUACCUAUAUGCAACAACAUAGGAGAUGCCUCAACUGUGGGAAAGAAGGCCACUUUGUGAAAGACUGCACAAGUAAAGGAUGCAGGUAUUGCACGGGGAUGAAGCAUCAUCAUACCCUCUGCCCCCAGAGGCACAACUUGGGAGAGACCACAGACCAAACCCCACCAAGGGCAAGGACAAACACUAAUACUCCACAGAACAGACCGCCGGUACCCAAUGUACCUCGGAAUACGAAACGACAUGUGAAAACUGCGGUAGCGACGGCACAACCAGUGCAGACUACCGACAGCAGCGCGACCUACCCGGACAUAACGGAUACUGCGCAGCACUCACCGCAAGAUACAUCUAUCCUUCAGAAUAGUACGGUAGACGCCCUGGACAAUAAGGUAUUGUUACUGACAGGAGUAGCGCGGGUACGGGAUGAAGCGCGUGAUGACUGGAAAGAAGUGGAGAUCCUCUUCGACACAGGAGCCGACCAGUCAUUCAUAAGCUCUGCUCUCGCAGAAGAAUUGAACCUGAAAUGUACAAAAGAGAAGGAGCUCACUAUGUACACUUUCGGUUCUACUGACCCUAAACCGACCAAGUGUAGGCACACAACGUUGGACCUGUGGGAUAAUCAGGGACAAAAACAUCCCGUACGGCUAUGUACCACACCGGUACUCACAAGUAAAGGACAAACGACCCAACUCGACCACGCGGACCUAGCGUUUGUGGCACAACACAACAUCCACCUGUCCAAACCUACGUCCAAUUCCACAUCCAUACCACAGAUAUUACUCGGAUGUGAUCAGUUGUGGGGUUUAUUGGAUGCUCCCCUUCCACGCUUUAAACUCCCAUCGGGCCUGCUCCUCAUUCCCUCAAAACUCGGAUAUUUGCUGACCGGAAAGCAGCACACCUUCCACGGAAUAGAAGGACAACAGAAUGAGGUCAAUAUCAGCAUGAUCACCAUGGUACAGGCCUUCACAGAAUCUGAAGAUGAGAUGAGCCGAUGGGACAGAUACUGGACAAUGGACUCAGCCGGUAUAUGCGAGUUCACGGGAACUAAAAACGAAGAAAAAACCGCAGUUAAUGAACAAGUGGUUAUGUUCUUCAAUAACACAAUCGAACGCCGUCCUGAUGGGUACUACGUUCGGUUGCCGUAUAAGGACAAUCACCCCCCACUACCGGACAAUCGGCAAAUAGCUCUGAAACGGUUACAAGGAGUAAUACGGACGCUGAAAUCGAGUCCACAGUUAUUACAAGAUUACGAAAACACAUUCCACACCCAGCUGGAAAAGGGAAUUAUUGAACAAAUUCCAAACAACCAACCAGGUAUCGGACCUAUCGUACACUACAUUCCACACCAACCGGUGGUCACGCCCCACAAAGAAACGACAAAAUUACGAAUUGUGUUUGAUGCAUCCUCACACUACAAGGAAUGCCCUUCACUAAAUGACAUACUACACCAAGGACCAUUGGUAUUACCGGAUCUUUACGCGAUACUGCUACGUUUUCGAAUGUUACCUUAUGUAGCAAUAUCGGACGUGGAGAAAGCCUUCUUACAGGUACACCUCAAUGAAAUGGAUAGGGACGCCACGAGAUUUAUCUGGGUACGCGACGUGGACCUACCAGUCACUGAAGACAACAUCGUCACAUACCGUUUCACCCGGGUCACAUUUGGCCUGAACGUAUCGCCAUUCCUCUUGGCUGGUACAGUAACCUACCACUUACAUCAUGUCGUUGAAAACAAAGAAUUGGCGAAGGAAAUCAAGGACAACUUAUACGUGGAUAACCUGAUCCUAACCGCACGUACCCCUGAAGAUCUGGCCAAAAAAGUCGUAGAUUCACGCGAGAUUUUCCAGGAUAUGGGGAUGAACCUGAGAGAGUUUUUGGCCAAUGACGUUAAUCUCAAGGACUUCAUCUCUCAAGAGGCUUGCGCGAAAGCAGCGGUGCAGAAAGUGCUAGGGAUAGAAUGGAAUGCAACAGGAGACUACCUCUCCAUGUGCUGUACUUUACCAUUCAUAGGCCAAGUCACAAAAAGGAUUGUAGCGCGACAAAUAGCGGCCGUAUACGACCCAUUGGGGUGGCUGGUCCCACUGCUGACGCAGGCAAAGCAUUUCCAACAAACCUUGUGGAAACACAAGUUCGAAUGGGACAAUAUUCUUCCAGCAUCCCUCCAGGAGCAGUGGCAGAAAAUCACACAAAACAUCAACGGGUUUGCCCGUACCUUUCCACGACGAUUUUUCACACAACCUCAAGACAAGGACACUUGCAUCGCAGUGUUCGCUGACGCCAGUGACAUCGCCAUGUCCACAUGUGCGUACCUAUUCGAUGGAAAGCACUCCGCGCUGGUAAUGGCUAAAUGCAAAUUGCCAUCGAUAAAAACGACCACUACAAUGCCAAAGAUGGAGAUGAACGCAUUAACAAUGGCAGCUCGAUUGACAUGGUCAGUAUACCAAGCCAUGAAGGAGCCCUGGCCAAAUAUGUCCGCUUCUCCACCACAAAUUGUCAUCCUUUCGGAUUCCCAAAUUGCAUUGAGCUGGCUAACAACGUCAGAGGAAAAGGCCAGUCCAGGUGUCCUUAUUUCCAACCGAAUAAAGGAAAUACGCAAGAUCACCGCGGCCCUAAACGACGAAGGUCUUACAGUACGUUUCGCAUAUGUAAACACAAAAGACAAUCCUGCUGAUGCGGGAACACGGGGGCUGAACCAGGAACAGUUACAGGACCAUCCCUGGUGGACGGGGCCAGAUUUUUUACGGACACCUAUCAACCACUGGCCCACGAUUUUUUAUCCAUAUGACUGGCAGGGUACUCACGAAACGGAAGAAUUGCAGCCUCCCACUGAAGCAGGUACAGUCUCGAUCACAAUGAACUCAGCAUCAACGAGACUUCUGCAAGAAUCCUGCAAUGACCUGAUCGACGCCAAACGUUUCAGCUCCUUCAAGAAAGCAAAGAGAGUGACAGCAUGGGCGCUGUUGUUUAUUAAAAAACUGAUGCGCUCACUACCACAACAGACACAACAAUACUUUUGGGGCAGCACAUCAAAGCGGCACGGAUUGCGCUACUCCGAAACCAUCAAUCUUCAUUUCUAUCACAUUACCAUAAAAAAACUGCGGAAUGACACUUUGUGUCUAUAUCAAGACAAGGACCUUCUAUGGCGAUCACAAGGACGCCUCCAGAACUCGACAUUAGGAGCAGAUGCGAAAUCACCCAUUUUCGUGGCUCCGAAUACACCUCUGUCACAACUCCUCAUCAAGGACGCUCAUGGCGAUUACCAUCAAGGUGUGGAACAUACAAUCGCCACAAUUAGACAAACGUACUGGAUACCAAAAAUACGGCAACAAGUACGAAAACUAGUGAGCAAAUGCGUACAAUGCAGACGACUAAAUGCCCUUCCUUACCCAUAUCCAGACAUGACUGAUUUACCACAACAAAGGGUUAUGCGCAGCCGUCCGUUCCAGCAUAUCGGGCUCGAUUUCUUCGACUUACCCUCCACACACCUGGAAGCCGGUAAAACUCACGGCUAUGGUUGCAUUUUCACCUGCAUGGUUACCCGUUUGAUUCAUCUGGAAAUGGUAGACAGCAUGAGCACGGAAGAUUUCAUCAACGCCUUACGAAGAUUUGUGGCUAGAAGAGGUGUUCCUGACUCUAUCACAUGUGAUAAUGCCCCGUCUUUUCUGCUCGGAGCCAGCAUUUUAGCAGGUUCACCUCAAGGGGAAACCCUCAGCUCAAGUAUACAUAACGCCACAUCAAAUCAAGAGAUUCAGUGGAACCACAUCACUCCCUACGCACCAUGGCAGGGCGGUUUUUAUGAGCGCCUCAUCAAAUCCGUCAAACACGCUUUAUAUAAGUCACUACGAGGCACAAAUCACCGUUCCGGAGACCAUUUACGAACGAUCUUGACGGAAAUUGAAGCUUGUCUCAACUCAAGGCCGCUCACUUACCAAGGUGAUGGACAGGAAGACUUUUCUUCCAUUCGACCAAUCGACUUCCUCCAAAAGGAUUUGACACUAACCCUACCAACCACACACCUCACAGAUCCCAUGACAAACGAUCCCGACUACCAUACCCCAGACGAGAUUCGAGCCCUCCAAACUCGUCAAGAGGUCAUUGCUUCCUUACAAUCAUCAUGCGGUGCCACGGAACGAUUUUGGACUAUUUGGCAAAAACAUUACCUGACCUGCCUACGGGAAACGCACAGAAGGACAAUCUCAAGUAAACGACAGGGACGAGAGACUCCUACCAUAGGGGACGUGGUUUUAGUAAGCGAUCCAGUAAUUCCACGUAAUGAGUGGAAGCUAGCACGAAUUACCGAUACUCGAGCAGGACGGGAUGGGGAAAUUAGAGAAGUCGAGCUUCUCACGCCAGCGCGCAGAAAAAUACGACGACCUCCAAACCUUCUCAUCCCUCUGGAAAUACAGCCUGCUACAACUCCGUCCCACACCACACCAGGAGAUCACGCAGUAUCAGACGGGACAGACGAACAAAUACCCACUUCUCAUCCUUACAACCUGCGUCCGCGACGCGCAGUACAUUACGCUGAUGAGCAAGUGGUUACGACAACUCAAACUGCAACAGUCAGACGUUUCCCACCAAAAUGGUUCCUAUUCUACAUCAUGAUCAUCACAUUGUUCACAACUUCGUCUACUUUUGCCAACAGGGAUAUAAGCAUGACGUGUAGCAACGAAGGUGUGCUCGUUCAUACAUCUCGGAACGAUCCGUUUGAAAUCUGCGCGGACCACCAUUGUCAAAUGAUCACCCCAGUGACAAACCCCUUCCUUGUCAAAUUUCCACCAGAGGCAACACUUCAUGACUACCUAGUGUCACUUAAAUGGAAUACCGGAGAUCAACUGGCAACCAUGGAGACAAUGUGCCAUCGCCUCAAUUUCUGUCAACAACUCGAUUGUUGGAUAUGCUCAGCGGUCGUCUUCAACCCCGAGUGUUGGCCAAUGGGUGCAAUAGUCAUCACAGCACUCCUCUUAUACGUUAUAGUAGCCAUACUAUAUGUACUCCUGUAUGUUCCCAUGACUAUGGGAAAACCGAUCCGUAUCAUUCUCAUCGUGCUGAGAAGGAUCCUCCUAAUUUUGGCAUCUGCACUCAUAAAGCUCUGCAUGACACUAUGCCGCAGGAUGAGACGACGACGGCCACAAUCGCACAGAGACCGUUUGCUAGCAGUUUUGGCAAUAACUCUUGCCGUAUCCACAUAUGCGAUCCAUGCGUGCCAACAAGUAAAUGUACUUGAACAUCGCUCCACUGUAUGUAACAACUACGACGGACACGAAAGUUGCUCGAUUUACCUGAACGAGCUUCUCAAAAUCAACACUUUCCAUCGUGAAGCCUGUCUACGACUCACUCGAAACGUAACCUUGAUCGCAAACGUCAAACUUCGUUGGAAAGGCCUCUACCUACACUGUGAACAGGAGUCGAGGAUCUUCACACGAGCAGUGGAGCUGCAAAGGAUUGACAGCAAACGCUGCCCGCACAUGGGCUCGUGUCAAGGUCAAAAAUGCGCCGCGAUCCACCAUUCAAGUCUGAUACCGGAACUUGAGGAAGGAAAUAAAUAUCCAGGUCGCACAGGCUGCAUGGAAUCGUGCGGCGGCCCAGGAUGCGACUGUUUCUUCUUAAGUUCCGGUUGUCUGUUCUACCGCGUAUACGCGGUGCCGAAGAACAGCAAAGUCUACGAAAUAUUCCGCUGUACCCGAUGGACUGAACAAGUAAAAUUGGAGGUGACAAUUGAGGACCUCAGCUCCUCUGAAGGAAAAAGGCGAUAUGUCCUCGCUAUAACUCCGAACGUGCCCACGGAAGUACCGUCAAUGACAGUUACGAUGACGGCGGUAACUCUACCUCCUCUACCCAAUCUCUCCAAAGAGUUUGUCACAGAUGGACGAGAUGUCGCGAUCUGGAAUAAUCCUUUUACACCGGACCUUCUCUGUGCUUCUUGGCGCCACGCUAGAGACAUGAACUGCACCCUCAAAGAUGAUUGCAGAUGUCACGCCGCGGAAAACAGUGUCAGCUGUGCAUGCCCUACAAAAGAUAUCCUGGCAUAUUUCAAGCAGCUCAACUUAGUUCUCCCAGUGAAAACAGCUUCCUGGGAGCUAUCGCGACGACUCAAUGAGACAGUCACAGCAAAAAUUUCACAAAUGGUAUCAGCGGACUUUGUUGUUCAGUUCAAGACGGUCAUCGAGACUGCGAAUCUCCUUGUCACCAACAAUGUGUGCAACAUCGCCAACAGCGAACUGGAGGGAUGCUACCACUGUGCGAAGGGAGCUACAGCCAAGGUCACCUGUAGAUCAUCAACUAACACGCUCGGAGAAGUCCUGUGCGGUCGCCAUGCCUUUGUGGUACCAUGCGCUCCCACUUCACCUGAGUCAAAUCUCUAUUUCCACUUGGAUUCCGCACGCCAACUUCUCAAUUGCUCGAUCAGAUGUGGAGAAACCGUGCAUUACUUCGUUCUAUCGGGUAUUCUACGGUACACGAGCAAUUUUCAUGCUGCAAUGACUGACUUUAUUCAAGGGAACACUACCGCUUACCAUGGUUUCCAGCUCCCAGACUUUCACCACAUACUGAACGUCUUCAUGGACUGGUACAAAGUACUGUUUGUCAGCAUUCUGGCAGUGAUUUUUGCCUUAUUGGUGUCCUACUUGUGCCUACAAUCUCUGGGAAUACGCCUCAUGACGCUCCUUUUGCGCGGCGCACUUACCCUGGUAUGCUACCCGCAAGUUAUGGAAUUCAACUCGGCUCCUCCAUCGCCAAACCCUACCCAUUCGGCAUCCACUUCAUGUCAGCUACGUAGCUUACAGCACGACUAUGGAGAGCUGCUACACGCUCUGCCGCAACUCCCCACCCCCCAACAGCUCGUAGACCAGAUUGCGCGAACCGUGGAAACGCUUCACAGGACGAUGCGCUCCACCCUUCACCUGGAUACUCAAAUAGAGGCCCUCCGAGCGGAUGAUAGUUCGUGGCAGACCAGAUACUGGAAACACAGCAUGGCAGCCGCUUCCGUGGAUAAGCUACGCCUCGAGUUGCUUCUGUCGCGAACGACACUCACGUUCCUUUUUUCCUUUCCUCCACUCCUCGUAGCUACACGCGUGAUAUCGCUGGAGCAAUGGAACGCCAAACUAGCCGAGCCGCGCACAGAUACUGAAGGUGAUACCUUAGCCAUGGGACUCAAGGACUUAGAGAACACCUUUUCAGAGCAGCUCGGAUUCCUUCAACAUUACUCCGGACUACUCCGAACGAUUGGCGAGAGCAUUGCGGAAGACCAGUUUCAAGAUCAGCAGAUCGAGGACGAGGACAACCGAUUCUUCGAAAACCUGAUAAUACGCAAGCUCGACAACAUCACGCACAUACUACGAGGAUCCCAACUGGAGCAUAGCGCGACGCAGACCGAGUCUGCGGAGGACCAUCGCGGCGCGGAGGCUGCGGAGACGCAGGAUUCGGGCGCGCGGCGGCAGGAAAGCGAAGAGGGACGGGAACAACGCGCUAUCGACGACAACGCAGAAUUCAUGGAAGAACUGCAAGAGGAAAUCCGUCCCGACGACGUUUUUGUCGUUGUAGACGAGGUCGUGGGAGCCGAGGUUACCGAGGAGAACGCUUAUCACGAGGAGGCGCUGGCACCAAAAGAUACGAGCGAGACAAGACGUCUCAACGAGGAGAUAUCACGUGUUCUCACCGAAAAAAGGGACCUGGAGCGACGGAUUCACGAGAUGGCGAACGAGAAGACUUGCCCUCGCCGCAGAUUUGAAGCAGGGCAGAUCAGGAACGAAAACGAAACGACGAUGCCGUGCGUCUUUUGUGGACUAAUCGGCGUGCAUUACUCGGACGCUUGUGAUGUCUACCCCGACACCCGCCGGAGAUGGCGCAUAAUACGCGAAGCCGCACGUUGCAGGGUGUGUCUCAAAAAACGCUGCACGGGAGGACAUAGGUGCGACAAAAGGACAACGAAGUGCCGGUACUGCGCCGAUUACGGACAUCACCCUUCGCUGUGCUUUCGGCCUCAGAGAAGCGAAGAAACCCGACAACAGCUAGAGGAGUUGAAGCGUCGGCUGCGGCAGAGCGUGCAGCGAUUAAAACUCUUAAGAAGACAGUUACACCUUCUGCAAGAUGUAGAAUAA